AUGGCGAAAGAAUCCAAGGCCGAUGAGGCCACCGUCGAGGUGAAGAUCAGUGAGCUCCAGGCUGCUAAAGAUAAGGUGAUUACUGUUAUGAUGAAUCUGCAAAAUUACAUUGGUCAGAUUACCAAUGCCUACAUGUUGCACACCAACAACAUCAUGGCUGGUGGGCCGGCUACUAUCGAGUUCCCUACCCUGCCCCCCGGCCCAGGCAAUGCCGAUGGCACUAAGAAGCGCAAGCGGGCUCCUGUUGACCCCAAUGCUCCCAAGCGCGCUCUCACCCCGUACUUUCUGUUCAUGCAGCACAACCGCCACAAGAUUGCUGCCGACUUCCCUAAGGAUGCCAAGCCCAAGGAGAUCUCUGAUGAGGGCACACGCCGCUGGCAAAACCUGAGCGAGGCAGACAAAUCCGUCUGGAAGAAGAUGUACGCUGAGAACUACGCGGAUUACCGAAAGCGGGUCGAGGAGUACAAGGCCGGCCGUAAGGUCGAGGACGACGGGGCUGCUAACCAGCUGCAGCAGGAAAACUUUGCUGUUGCUGACAACGAGGAUGACUCUUCCUCUUCUGAGGACGAUAAUGCUGGUUCUGAGGAUGAGUCCUCCCCUUCCCCUCCCCAGGCCACCCCCAAGGAGAAAACCCCUGCCAGUAACAAGCGCCGUCGCAGCGAGCCCAAGGCCAAGGAAGUUCCUGAGUCCGUCACCAAGCCCACCCCCGCUAAGAAGGCCAAGGGGGGGAAAAAGGCGGCUGAGUCCGUUGCCGCCACUCCCGCUGAGACCAAGACCAAGGGUGGUCGCAAGAAGCGCAAGAAUAAAAUCACCCGCAUUUCCCCCCACAUUGUCUUAACCCUCCUUCCAAACCGAUUUGAGGGGUCUUGUGAGCCUGAAUUGGGCUUCAAAUUAUACAAAUUCGUUGCCCUGACUAGAAUCCCUGCCGCACGCCAAGAACUCGUGGGUCCCACCGGCGCCAUGCAGCUCGUUCCAAAGGAGCUCGACAAGCUCACCAUCGCACACCUGGGAUUCCUGGCUCAGCGCCGCCUAGCCCGGGGUGUCCGUCUCAAUCAUGCCGAGUCGGUGGCCUUGAUAUCAUCCGUGCUCCACGAGCUCAUCCGCGAUGGCCACUACUCCGUCGCCGACCUAAUGUCCAUCGGCAAAACGAUGCUCGGCCGCCGACACGUCCUUCCCUCCGUUGUCGCCACCCUCGUCGAGCUGCAAGUCGAGGGAACUUUCCCCUCCGGCACCUACCUCGUAACCGUGCACCACCCGAUCAGCAGCGACGAGGGUGACCUCGAGCGCGCGCUGUACGGGAGCUUCCUGCCCGUGCCCUCGAAUGCCGCGUUCCCGGACCCGGACCCGGAAGACUAUCUUCCCGAAAAGAUGCCCGGCGCCGUAAUCCCCGUCAAGAACGCGCGAAUCGCGCUGAACGAUGGACGGAAGCGCAUUCGACUCAAGGUGAUGAGCAAAGGAGACCGGCCGGUGCAGGUUGGGUCGCACUACCAUUUUGUCGAGACAAAUCCGCAGCUGCAUUUUGAUCGGGUGCAGGCUUAUGGGUUUCGAUUGGAUAUUGCGGCGGGGACGUCGAUCCGGUUUGAGCCUGGGGAUACGAAGACAGUGACUCUGGUUGAGAUUGCCGGGAAUAAGGUGAUUCGGGGUGGGAAUUGGCUGGCGAAUGGUCCGUUGGAUUUGAGUCGUGCGGACGAGAUCGUGGGCCGGCUUCAGGCUGCGGGUUUUGCUCACGUACCGGAGCCGCAGGCGGAUAGUGCGUUGAUCACCGGGUUCUCCAUGGAGAGGGAGGCGUAUUCGAGGAUGUUUGGGCCGACGACGGGGGAUUUGGUUAGAUUGGGAUUGACCGAUCUGUGGGUGGAGGUGGAGAGGGAUUUGACGAGCUAUGGGGACGAGUGUACGUUUGGUGGAGGCAAGACGGUUCGUGAUGGGAUGGGGCAGGCGUCUGGACGAUCGGCAGCCGAAUGUGCGGACACUGUUAUUACGAAUGCGCUGAUUAUCGAUUGGUCGGGUAUUUACAAGGCUGAUAUUGGGAUCAAGAAUGGCUUGAUUGCCGGUAUUGGCAAGGCGGGUAACCCUGAUGUGAUGGAUGGUGUGCAUCCAAAUUUGGUGAUAGGCUCAUCGACGGAUGUCAUCGCGGGCGAGAACAAGAUUAUCACUGCUGGUGGUUUCGAUACGCAUAUCCACCUGAUCUGCCCACAGCAGGUCGAAGAGGCCCUGGCGUCGGGUAUCACGACUUUCCUGGGCGGAGGCACCGGUCCCAGCACUGGGUCCAACGCGACAACCUGUACCCCGGGCCCGAACCACAUGCGUCAAAUGAUGCAGGCCUGUGAUAGCCUUCCCAUCAACAUUGGUAUUACAGGGAAAGGUAACGAUUGCGGACGAGUGAGCAUCGAGGAGCAGAUCAAGGCUGGCGCAGCAGGUCUAAAACUACACGAGGAUUGGGGCUCUACGCCAGCUGCUAUUGACAACUGCCUGAGUGUUUGCGAUGAGUAUGAUGUCCAGGCCAUGAUCCACACUGAUACAUUGAACGAGUCUGGCUUCGUUGAACAGACCAUCAACGCCUUCAAGGGUCGCACAAUCCACACCUACCACACGGAGGGCGCUGGCGGUGGCCACGCUCCUGACAUUAUCUCUGUCGUCGAGCAUCCCAACGUGUUACCCAGUAGCACUAACCCCACUCGGCCAUUUACUUUGAAUACCCUGGAUGAACACCUUGACAUGUUGAUGGUGUGCCACCAUCUCUCGAAGAAUAUCCCGGAGGACGUGGCCUUUGCGGAAAGCCGCAUUCGGGCCGAAACAAUCGCAGCAGAAGAUGUGCUGCACGAUCUCGGCGCUAUCAGUAUGAUGUCCUCCGAUUCCCAGGCCAUGGGUCGCUGUGGCGAGGUGAUCCUACGCACAUGGCAUACAGCCCACAAGAAUAAGCUCCAGCGAGGACCGUUACCUGAAGAUGCAGGCACGAACAAUGAUAAUUUCCGCGUGAAACGGUAUAUCAGUAAAUAUACUAUCAACCCAGCCCUGGCGCAGGGCAUGGGUCACUUGAUCGGCAGUGUGGAAGUGGGCAAGAUCGCCGAUUUGGUCAUUUGGAAACCAAGCCGGUUUGGAACAAAGCCAGUGCAAGUUCUCAAGAGCGGCAUGAUUACAGUGGCGGAAAUGGGCGAUCCGAAUGGCUCCAUUCCAACCAUUGAGCCGAUGAUUGUCCGGCCUAUGUUCGGGCACCGUCUCCCGAGCGCAUCCAUCAUGUUCGUCUCCCAGGCCUCCAUUGACCUAGGAAUCGUCCAGUCCUAUGGACUCCGAAAACGCAUCGAAGCAGUGAAAGGCUGUAGGAGCGUCGGAAAGAAAGACAUGAAAUACAACGACACCAUGCCAAAGAUGAAGGUCGACCCAGAGAGCUAUACGGUCGAAGCCGAUGGCAUGCUGUGUGACGCAGAGCCGGCAUCCGAGUUGCCCCUAACGCAAGCGUACUACGUCUUCUAG